AUGGCUCCAAAAUCAAAGUCAAAAAUUGCUUCCCUGUAUCAGUUCUGGACAAACGAGCAGCAGAAACGGCCACAGCCACCUGCUAGUAAAUCUGGAAAUCAAAGUGUGGAACAUUCAGUGACUGCUGCGCUACCUUUUUUGAACAUUUCAAGGCUAGAGUUCACUAAGAAGCGAGAGCGUCCAAAGUUUACGAAAACUUUGGACGCUCUCGCUUCUUAG